AUGGUCUUGUUUUAGCAACCUGCACCUAGAGCCGCCAGCCAGGAUCCCCCAGUCGCCUCCAGAGUUCGUGGGAGUGUGCGUGGCGGUUGUAGAUGUGUAAGUCUUGAUUAAGUAGUUGUAAUUUGCAUUUUGUUUUCGGAUUUUCAGUAAAUUUUUUCUUUCUUUUUCUUUCAGGGUUCCAGAGGCUCCACCAGGGAAGAUUAGGAGUUUGUUGUCCCUCACGUUGAUAAAGAGCUCCUCAUUCAACUGGUGGAGGCGCGUCCAGCUUUAUGGGUCCACUCAGACCGCCACCACGCUGAUCACCAUCGCACCCAGCGGCUCUAGAGGGACAUAUGUUCAGAUCUUUUCGAGACCUGGGGGGAUGUAAAUACGGCGGCUCAGAAAAAAUUUGUUUGCCACGCGGUGGCGAUCUAUCCGGAACCGCUUUAGGAGGGACAUGUAUACGGCGGACCUGGGGUUCCUCCGACGUACCAUGGCACCAAGAAGAACUGCCAGCAGCACUCGGGGGCCUGAACAACCUUCUGAGGCGGAACUGGAACGGAUCGCCACCGCCAGCCCUCCUGUCACUUAUGCAUCGGCUCAGGACAAUCCGGUUCCGCUACCGGAUCCCUCCCCUCAACAGAGGCUCUUAGGUUUCUGGCCAAAUUUGAGAGCCCUGGUGAGCAGGCAAAGAUCCAGUAGGCCAAGUCGAAAUGAUUAUGUUGACCUUGUAGAGGUAGUUUCCGACGCUCUAGAAGGUUUUGCCGAACAUCAGAAGGUAUUUAGUGCUGACUUGAUUCGCCGCUGGGAGGGGGUGGAGUCGGCGAUUCAACGCAGCCCUAACUACCAUUAUGGGCUAAGCAUAAUCAAUUUGAUGGACUCAAUGACGCCCGAGCAGUUGCAUGAGUUUAAGAUCAUGCUAGAGAACGGGUCAUGGGAAACUAUGCACCGCCCCCAACCCCCACCCCGAUCCGACACCUAUCCCCCAUCCCACACCAGUGCCCAUUACCGCCAACCUUCCCAUUCCCAACCCCCCGAGCAUGUGUUCCCUUCUGUCUCGUAUUCUACUUCUCCUCCCAACUAUUUUCCUCCCAUUUCGUUCCAAACUCCCUCCACCUCUACACAUGCUUGGGUCCCCUCCUCCUCAGACUCUUCCAUUGUCCACACCCCACAAUUUCACCUUUCAUCCUUUCCUGUGGCCCGUAGUUUUAUCUCAGACAAUCGACAGGACAGGGGGGCUACCAUUGCCAGCCCCAGACCGCCUACCACACGACAAUCCACCUCCCCUCCAAAUUUUGCCCAGUUGUAA